CGAUGGGAUGUAUCACGUGAUGGGCAUUACGAUGUAACACUUUCCCCAGGCUAGACAAAAACUCCAGCCCAUGUUGGUUCGUCACUCGUUUGGCGACCGUCCAUUCACAAAUUGCAACAUGUCGAAGCAGGGACCACUGAAGCGAAAAUCCAAGGGUGUUCUUCCCGACAAUGCUCUUUCAAUUACAGAGCGCAUCUUUUAUCAGUCGGCACCAGGUCGACCACAGGUCAUAAUGUCCUUUCUGUUGCGCCUACACCUUCCACCGCAAACGCCAGACGUAUCAAUCCCACGGCUCGUCGACCUACUCAAGCUAGCUGCCUCCGAACACUAUCGCUUGACAUCUUUUGUAGAUCCUACCACACUCACCGUUCGCCCGUUGGGGGAAACUGCGGCAGAUUUCAAGCCAGAAUAUCGUGUGGUAGCUCGGGAGGAUCAUGACACGUGGAGAAACGUCUUUUGUGAUGAGAUGAACAUAAAUUUCGACACCAACGAUGUUACGAAACCUCUUUGGAGGACGGUUAUAAUUGCGCACAAGAGCGUGGCGAAUGGUCAGGAUGUGGCUCCGUUGAAAGCGAUAGAUAGUGCAGUUGGGCUCAAUGACUCAGCUUUGACGGUUCCGUCGGGAGAAGGAGAAACGGAGACUGGGUCGUCGAGUCCGAACUCGUCACACACUGUACCUAGCGCGGUAGAGUCUACGGACACACUCAUUCCGGCGCAGCUCGGUCCCAACAAGAUCGAUACAUCCCCGCUUACUUAUUCAUCACACCGACUGGAAGAUAAGCGUCAUUUUGAGAUCAUUUUCUCUUUCCAUCAUUGCUUAGGGGAUGGGCUUUCGAUGUAUGCUUUUGCAAAGACGUUCCUGGCGGUGUGCGAUGCCGAUCAUUUGAACGCAAGUGAUCUACGAUUGGAAACGGUUGCACUGGUCACUGAGCCGCCACCAUUGAUUGAUAAUCUCUUUAAUCCGUAUCUGGUGCAAGUACUUCCUGUGGCCGCAUCAAUGGCAGUGAGCUUUGCGACCUCGAAAGGCCGCUCCCGCUUCAAAGGUCGUAAAGUCGAUCGCAUUACGGACAAUACAGCUUCCCAAGCUUCAUCAUCAGAUCCCAUAACCCUAAACUCAACAGAUGCUGAAACCGCUCUAAAACAAGAGUCACGACCCACCUUAACACGUCCCCUCACAUUACCCAUCCCACGCCCGCUUUUAAACACAUCACAAACAAACGCUCGCUUCCUUUGGUUCGAUUCUGUGUUUACCGAAUCUCUCAGAAAAAGAGCAAAAAGGGAGAAGACAUCCAUAGCGGCUGUUUUGGUGGUUGCUGCAAUGGCUGCAGUUCGAUCCGCAUUCGAGACAAUUCCCAAGUAUUCCCAAGAUCCAUCAAAAAGGUGCCGCAAACGCCUGCCAACUCAUCAAGGAUGGGUAGUCACAUCUACUAUCCGAUAUCUGCUACCGGGAUCGCGCCUCUUGCAAGGUGGCGACAGAGCAACCGAUCCUGCCAUGCAAAUAUUUGGUGGAUAUAGUGGAAGUGUCAUGAAUUCGGCUCAUCGAUGUACCGACAGCGACACGUUCUGGGGGAGAGUUCGGUCAGUGCGGAGACGGAUAGCGCAAAGUCAGCGAUCAAGCGUGGCUCGACUUCAAUUGGUAAAUUGGUGUUUCCGCCAUAAAUCAUUGUGGAAACGUAUAAAUGAGAGCACAGAUCUCUCCAAACUUUCGCGAUCCUAUUCUGUAGAAGUAGCGAAUUUGGGUGCUUGGGAUUAUCCUAUUGCUUCACCACGACAUAAAUCACAGGACGACCCUAGAGCAGUAUUAUCUCAUUUUGCAGGAUUAGUGAAUUCCUCCUUUGACGGCGUACGCGGUUUGUUUACGUUAGGUGUGAUCACACUGGGUGGUGAUAUGAGCGUUGGCGUAGGUUAUGAUAAGCAUUCAGUGAGUGAAGCUGAUGCAGACGCCUUUGUCACUGCAUUUGAAAGAUGCAUGCGCAAGUUAGUGCUUGAUGAUAAUGGACAAAAGAGUAGAGUUACAGUUGGGGAGCUACGAAAGUCUUGAUUGUAAAAUAGAUGACAUAGAUCUCUUUCCUGCGUUGGACUGACUGACGCUCAACAGUCUUGUUGAAUUAAAAAAGAAAAACCAAAAAACCAUUCAUAAACUG